AUGACCGUGCCUGCGAAAGUUUUCCGUUCUCUCUGCCUCGCAGCCACCGGGAUAACAAUCUAUUUAUAUUAUUAUACGGCCUUAUGUAACUGGAAAUGGAAAGCUUCUUCGACAAGAAUACUCUUCCUAGCCGACCCACAACUAGAGGGUGAUGCAAAGCUCUACAGGGAUGGCAGAUUAGGCGAGCUUGACUUGAAUUUCAAUGACUAUUAUUUUCGUCAUGUCUUUACUUCGUUCGUAUCGCCAUUUUCGCUUUUCGGUCCUCCCCCAACGCAUGUUGUGCUGUUGGGUGAUCUGUUCUCUAGUCAAUGGAUCGAUGACGUGGAAUUUGAGAAGAGGGUUGAGAGAUUUAAAUGGAUUUUUGGCGAUAAUAACUACAAUCACCAUUUGGUAAAUAUGUCUGGCAAUCAUGAUAUUGGAUACGGAAGAGAUAUGACUCGUUACAGAAUUGAUAGAUGGGAGCGUGUAUUCGGCAAAACGAACUUUUUCUUUCGCGUUCAAACACCAAUCGGUAAUUCUCCAACCAACGCCCAUCACCACCCAGCCUCGCCGCCUGAACACAUAUUUGCUGUUAUCAAUUCACAGAACAUUGAUGGACCAGCUUGGGACGAGGUGCUGCGAUCAGAAACAUGGGCUUUUCUGAAUGAACUUGCAGCUGAGAGAGAGAGAGACAAUUACAAGACGCCUUUGGUUUUGUUGACUCAUAUACCAUUACACAAAGAAGCUGGGUUGUGUGUCGACGGGCUCUUUGUGUGUUAUGAUGAUUUUAAUCAUAUAACAGAACAAAACCAUUUGACUCCUAAUGCGACCAAUUUCAUCCUUACCAAGUUACGUCCACGGUUUAUUUUUGCUGGACAUGAUCAUGAAGGAUGUGAUGUGACAUAUGACGUUACGUGGAGUAAAGAGGAAGGCAAGGAUGAAAUCACAGUGGAGGCCUAUCUGACAAAGGAUUAUAGUCAGGCCACGGCCAGAAAGAGCGAACGAUAUGACGAUCAAGAUGGCAAUCUAGGUGUGCGUGAAGUGACAGUGCGGUCUGUCAUGGCUGGAUUCGGUGGGAACGCUGGGCUGUUUGAGAUUAGAUAUCGCAACGGAGCCUUCCAGUAUGCUUAUCAAAAUUGCCCAUUUGUAACCAAUCAUAUCCCAUGGAUAAUAAUGAUACUUGACGCUAUUUUGAUACUUGUCUGGAUUUUUAUGAAGGUCUUUCUGUCAGCGUGGAACAAAAUGCUUGUAGAAGGUGUGCCACCUAUAAAGAAUUAA